AUGGUGACUGGGGCCCUUCAUUCUGGGACUUUCUCUCGGGCCUCUCGGGUCUCGGCCGCGGAGGACACGGCAGGCACAGGGCUCGGAGGACGCGUGAAGAGCCGGGCCCGGGGCGGAGAGGGCGACGCGGCAGAGGCGGCUCAGCAAGGCACUGAGCUCGGGCGGCGGGGCAGCAGCGACAUGGUUGUGGCCCGCGGCGGGGCGGUGGCGGGCCGAGCCUACUCCUUCAAGGUGGUACACCUUGGGGAAGGCUGCUUGGGGAAGACGUCGCUGGUGCUGCGCUACUGCGAGAACAAGUUCAACGACAAGCACAUCACCACCCUGCAGGCAUCUUUCUUAACAAAGAAGUUAAAUAUUGGUGGGAAAAGAGUAAACCUUGCCAUAUGGGAUACAGCAGGUCAAGAGAGAUUCCAUGCAUUGGGUCCAAUUUACUACCGCGACUCGAACGGAGCUAUUUUAGUUUAUGAUAUAACGGAUGAAGAUUCUUUUCAGAAGGUAAAAAACUGGGUCAAAGAGCUACGGAAAAUUUUGAGAAAUGAAAUCUGUUUGCGUAUAGUUGGUAAUAAAAUAGACUUGGAAAAGGAGAGACAUGUUUCCAUCCAAGAAGCAGAGUCGUACGCAGAUUCUGUUGGAGCAAAACAUUAUCAUACUUCUGCUAAACAAAACAAAGGAAUCGAGGAGCUCUUCCUUGACCUCUGUAUCGAGGAACUCUUCCUUGACCUCUGUAAAAAAGAAACGGCACAAGUGGACGAGAGAGCUAAAGGCAAUGGCGCUAGUCAAGGUGGGGCUGCUAGGCGAGGCGUGCAGAUCAUCGAAGAUGAACCUCAAGCUCAGAGCGGUAGUGGAGGGUGCUGCUCUUCUGGAUAACUGCUCACGCC